CCACGACCCUGCUGCUUCCCAGAGUAGCAGCCUGCCUCAGGCUAUCCUUCUUCCCCAGGUCUUGGCCACACCCAGCCGCCUGUGGCCAGGCUGAGAGCACCCAGAGAACAGGCAGGUGCCAGGGCCUCAGGAGCCACACAUGCCAUGCCUGUCCUGCGUCCUGCCUGUCUCUGUCCCGUGUUCUGCCCACCCAAGCCAAUGCCCUUCAGAGGUGGCAGGGAAAGAGUCCAGUGCCAAGCCCUGGAGACCUUCUGCUGCUCCCUCUGGGCGUGUGUAGUGCACAGGCCUCUCCUGGGGUUCUAGUGGUGUUGGCUGCGUAACUGAAGAAUUCUUGGGGCUGUGCAGUGAACUCCGAUCGUGUACAUACCCAGCCGGGGCUGGAGCCGUGAGACACGACCCCGUGGGGAGCUCCUGCCUGUCACUGAAGCAGAGCAGCAGGGUGGCUGUGGGGCUUUCUGAGGGCUGUGUUUGUGAAGCGCACCCCAUCUUCAAGUGGAUGUGGUCCCCCUAAGGGACUGCAGAGCCCAGGGACAUUGCACACGAGCACAAAAGACUUUUCAGGGUUGCAGUUUCCCCUGGUGGCUGGCUUUUUGUUUGGGUUUGGGAGACAGGGUCUGCUACGAAGUCCAUGGUGGCCUUGAACUCACUGUGCAGCCCAAGAUGGCCUCAAACUCAAAGCUCCCCUCCUACCUCAACCUCCUGAGGGCUGGGAUUACAGGCGUGUGUCACUACGCCCAGCUGGUGGCUGGUUUUGAAUGAAGAAUAAAAUCUUCUCGCUCUGGUGGCUGGUGCCAGUGGUCAAACUAGGCAGACAGUGGCCUUGCGUGGCUGGGCCAUUUUCUACGUAGCCCUGGGCCCAGCCCUCUUCCUGCUCUGUGUCCUCUCUGGGGUUGAUGCCUCCUUCCUGCCCUUGUCCCACGUCUCAGGACUGCGCAGGCUGAGGCCAUGGGGUGAAUCACCCGCCUGCCUCUGCAGCAGCUUGACUUGCAGUUGCUUCCACUCACAUUGACCUAGCCAGGCCGUAGCCUCUGCUGACCCCCAGUUGCCCAUUCUAUCCUGAGAGCUGAGGGUCUCAGCUGUCUCUCUGCUGCAGACCUGCCCCAUGGCUGCAGAAUGGGUGUUCAGCACCAGACAACUGUGGAGGGGCCCAGGGGCUGGAGCCCUGGGGACAGAGGACUUGCGUGUCCAGGAGCCGACAGCACCCUCUGUGUGAUUGGGUCCUCCCUGGUUUAUGCUGCUGUGCAUAUUCUAGCGGAGGGGUGGGUUGCUGUUCACAGUUUUGCAUCUCAGCCUUUAUCACACCGUGCCUGACCCUGCUUCCGGAGGACCUUGUCUGAGUGCUUGCCUGAUGCUUGUUGGAAAGCUUGGCUGUGUAGCUUCAGGUUCCAGCUUGCCAGCUUUUUCCUCUUUGGGGUUGGCCAGCUUCCAAACCGAACCAGUGCUUCAACUUGAAUUUAACGCAAUUUAGAAGAUGUGUGACCUUAGGCAGGUGGAGAUCACCUGGUGCUUUUUUUUUUUUUUUUUUUUUGGUCUCUUUGAGCCAGGGUCUCGUUAUGCAGUUCAGGCUGGCCUUCAGCUCACUUUGUAGUUCAGGCUGGUCUCGAACUUGCAACAAUCAUCCUGCCUCAGCCUCCUGAGUGCUGGGAUUACGGGAGUGCGCUACCAAGCCUGGCUCUGCCUUGUGCUUUUUGAAAAACAGCUCCACCAGGCAGAUUAAUUGAAUGACUUAGCAAGGACCCAUCUCAAGAAAUAAAAACAAGCUGAGCAUAAUAGUGCACACCUGCAAUUCCAGGAUUUAGGAGGCCGAGACAGGAGGAUUGCUUCAAGUUCAAAGCCGGCCUGGGCUCCAUAGUGAGUGUAAGCCUGAACCACGCAGCAAGACCUGUCUCAGAAAACAAACAAACAGAAAAGAAACUGCUGCUAGACAUGGUUGUGGAUCCAUCCCUAUAAUCCCAUUACUUUGGAGGCUGAGGCAGGAGGACUGCAACUUUGAGCCCAGCCUGGGCAUCUUGGCAGUUCAAUGAGACCCCGUCUGAGGAUUAAAAUAAGAAAAAAAUUGAAAAUGGGCUGGUGAUGCGGCUCCGGGCAAAUGAGAGAGGAGGAGUGAGUUCAUUGCACAUGGCGGAGAAGCACCUCCUGGGCCACCUGGAGCAUGGCAAGGGGCUCCCCCCGGGCAGCCAGCCAGAGGCAGCAGCAGAGCCUGAGAAGGAGCCCAGUGCGCCCUGUGGGGAGCCCCCCACGGCCCCCGAGAGCACCACUGCUGCUGCUGAGAGUUCGGGGCCCCCCAAGGAGCAGAGGAAGAAGCCUCGCCGUGGGCGGAAGCCCAAAGGAUCCAAACCCCAGCAGCCUCUGGUCAUCUCGGAAGGCAAGGAGCCUGCAGAGCAAGUGGCUGAGAUCAUCACCGAGGUUCCUCCGGACGAGCCUGCCAGUGAGACGCCGGACGAGCGGAUCAUGGAGCUGGUUCUGGGGAAGCUGGCCACGCCCAGCGACACCAUCAGCUCAGUGCCCAAGUUCACAAGUAGCGCACUGGCCCUCAAGCGCGGCCUGGUCCUGGCCAGCAGACAUGGCAUCCGGCGGAAGCUGGCGCGGCAGCUGGGGGAGCACAAGCGUGUGCACCAGUGCGAGGUGUGCAGCAAGGUCUUCCAGAACAGCAGCAACCUCAGCCGCCACGUGCGCUCGCACGGGGACAAGCUGUUCAAGUGCGAAGAGUGUGCGAAGCUCUUCAGCCGCAAGGAGAGCCUGAAGCAGCACGUGUCCUACAAGCACAGCCGGAAUGAGGUGGACUCCGAGUACCGGCACCGCUGCGGCACCUGUGGGAAGACCUUCCGCAUGGAGAGUGCACUGGAAUUCCACAACUGCAGGACAGAUGACAAGACGUUCCAAUGUGAGAUGUGUUUCAGAUUCUUCUCCACCAACAGCAAUCUCUCCAAGCACAAGAAGAAGCACGGGGACAAGAAGUUCGCCUGCGGGGUCUGUAGCAAGAUGUUCUACCGCAAGGAUGUCAUGCUGGACCACCAGCGGCGCCACCUGGAGGGUGUGCGGCGGGUGAAGAGAGAGGAGUUGGAGGCCAGCACUGAGAGCCUGGUCCGCUACAAGAAGGAGCCCUCGGGGUGCCCAGUGUGUGGCAAGGUGUUCUCCUGCCGGAGCAACAUGAACAAGCACCUGCUCACCCAUGGUGACAAGAAGUACACCUGCGAGAUCUGCGGGCGCAAGUUCUUUCGCGUGGAUGUGCUCAGGGACCACAUCCACGUGCACUUUAAGGACAUCGCGCUGAUGGACGACCACCAGCGAGAGGAGUUCAUCGGCAAGAUCGGCAUCUCGUCUGAGGAGAAUGAGGACAACUCGGACGAGAGCGCAGACUCGGAGCCACACAAAUACAGCUGCAAGCGGUGCCAGCUCACCUUCGGCCGCGGGAAGGAGUACCUGAAGCACAUCAUGGAGGUGCACAAGGAGAAGGGCUAUGGCUGUAGCAUCUGCCACCGCCGCUUUGCGCUCAAGGCCACCUACCACGCACACAUGGUCAUCCACCGUGAGAACCUGCCGGACCCCAACGUGCAGAAGUACAUCCACCCCUGUGAGAUCUGCGGGCGCAUCUUCAACAGCAUUGGGAACCUGGAGCGCCACAAGCUGAUCCACACAGGCGUGAAGAGUCACGCGUGCGAGCAGUGCGGGAAGCCCUUCGCCCGUAAGGACAUGCUCAAGGAGCACAUGCGCGUGCACGACAACAUCCGAGAGUACCUGUGUGCGGAGUGCGGCAAAGGCAUGAAGACCAAGCACGCACUGCGUCACCACAUGAAGCUGCACAAGGGCAUCAAGGAGUAUGAGUGCAAGGAGUGCCACCGCAAGUUCGCGCAGAAGGUCAACAUGCUCAAGCACUACAAACGGCACACGGGGAUUAAGGACUUCAUGUGCGAGCUGUGUGGGAAGACCUUCAGCGAGCGGAACACGAUGGAGACGCACAAACUCAUCCACACAGUGGGGAAGCAGUGGACAUGCUCCGUGUGCGACAAGAAGUAUGUGACAGAGUACAUGCUGCAGAAGCACGUGCAGCUCACACACGACAAGGUGGAGGCGCAGAGUUGCCAGCUGUGCGGGACCAAGGUGUCCACGCGCGCCUCCAUGAGCCGGCACAUGCGGCGUAAGCACCCUGAGGUGCUCGCUGUGAGGAUCGAUGACCUGGACCACCUCCCUGAGACCACCACCAUCGAUGCCUCGUCCAUUGGCAUCGUCCAGCCCGAGCUGAGCCUGGAGCAGGAAGAGAUGGCGGAAGGGAAGCACUCAAAGGCUGCCAAGCGUAAUCACAAGCGGAAGCAGAAGCCUGAGGAGGAUGCUGGUGCACCGGUGCCAGAAGAUGCCACCUUCAGCGAGUACUCAGAGAAAGAGCCUGAGUUCACGGGCAGUGUGGGCGAUGAGACGAGCUCCGCUGUGCAGAGCAUCCAACAGGUCCGUGCAGAGCAGGUGGUGGUGACCCUGGGGGAUCCCAACGUGACCACCCCAUCCAGCUCUGUCGGCCUGACCAACAUCACCGUGACACCCAUCACCACUUCAGCUGGGACUCAGUUUACCAACCUGCAGCCAGUGGCCGUUGGGCACCUUACUGCCCCCGAGCGCCAGCUCCAGCUGGACAACUCCAUCCUGACCGUGACCUUUGACACCGUCAGUGGCUCUGCCAUGCUGCACAACCGGCCCAGCGAGGUCCAGAUCCACCCCCAGCCCGAGGCCUCGAACCCGCAGUCUGUGGCCCAUUUCAUCAACCUGACCACGCUGGUCAACUCCAUCACGCCCCUAGGGAACCAGCUCAGUGAGCAACACCCACUCACCUGGCGGGCUGUGCCCCAGACAGAUGUGCUGCCCCCACCGCAGCCCCCUGCACCCCCACAGCAGGCUGCGCCACCCCAGGCGCCGGCGGAGCAGCCGCAGAUGUACAGCUACUGAGCUGCAGCUCCGAGCCUGAACAUCCGGGAGGGCCCCGGCUCAUUGCGUCAUAGGGAAAGUCCACUAGCUUUGCAGAGCCAUCUUGCGCCUGGCUCACUGGUGCUGGGGUGGUGGCCCACAGUGGGCAGGAGCCUGAAACUCAAUCCUCGGUUUGCCUUACCAGGGAGGCGCCAUGGGAUGGGCCACAGCCGGCCCUGGGACUGUGUCCUGAUGCCGAGGUUGGGGACUGGACAGGGUAGAGAAGAAGUGGGGUGCCCAGGACAGGAGGACACAGCGUCCUGUUGUCUGUUCUCUGUAAAGUUGUUAUCGUUUAAACCCAGACAGCAGGGCCAGGGAUUUAGCCCAGCGGUAUAAGUGCCUGCCUGGCAAGUGUGAGGUUGUGAGUUUGAUCCCUGGUACCAAAAAACAAAAAUCUAGACAGCGUCCACUGGGACAGCACCACAGUGAGUGGUUCUUGUGUGGGAGUUUCUCUAUGAGUGGACAGAAACUAAAGGGACAUCUGCCUCCUCUCCAGAAUAUGAAUUGGAUCUGGUUUAUCGAGCACAUGUAGGCCAGGGCCAUGGUGAGAUGUGCUGUGACAGGGCCUGGAGGGUCAGCCUGGGCCAGGGUCCGCAGGGCCACCUUGGGGACGCGGCUGGGGCAGAAGGGGCCUCUUGGGGUAUUCAUCAGCUGAUUUUUAGCAGCUUUUUCCUUUUCUUUUUUAACUAUAUUUCAACAGGUCUUCAAGCCCCAGCUGUGGCCCACCCAUCUUUUGGUUUAUCUGAAUGGGAUCGAGUUGUUUGCACUGUAGGUCAGGGCCUUGGCGGGUCAGCACGGCUGCCGGCUGGCCGUGGUUGAGGGCCAGCCCCCACCCUCUCUGGCUCUGCAGCUGUCUCAGGGUCUCUGCUCCCCAAGGGCAUAUACUGUGGCUGGAGCCCCGCUGCAAGCCCAGACCGAAGGGCAGGGGGAAGUCCGCGUUUUCUUUCCACACGAGCCCCAGUUCCAAGGGUGAACCACAGUUCCAAAGGGUGCCUACAUGAAGAGCAGUUUUCUUAUGGGGUCAAGAGUUUGGCUUUUGCCAGGGGAGAAGUGGAGUUGUUCUGGACAUAGCAGAACCCAGUGUUCUGCAGGUCUGGAAGCAUUGAAUGCCUCUUGAGGGGCGGGCACCGUGGGGACACAGGCUACCGCGCAUGCGUGUUGUGUGACUGUAGCCAGCAGCACUGGACACCGAGGCAGGAGGAGGUGUGAUUGGAUCGCUCUGGUCCAUCUUUAACACUAUCGAAAACAUAAGGGAAAACCUUGCUGUAUUUGUCCUUGGUUACUUCUUGUCCUCAGUCUUCUGUUACGUGGCGCCAUCUGGGAGAAGAGGCAGAGAAUGAGCAGCAGAGCUAGGCAUGGUGGCGCACACCUGUGAUCCCAGCACUCAGGAGGCUGAGACGGGAGGAUUGCCGUGUGUUUGAGGGCAGUCUGAGCUGCACAGUGAGACCUUGUCUCAAGAUGAGCAGCUCAGCGUGAGCCAGGUGAUGGUGCUGCGAGAAGGGGGUUGGGAUGGCACGCAUGAAACACAACUUUCUCUGAGUUUAACUUCGUUCCACACAGCAGCGGGGCUGGGACUUGUGUGUAGUGUGUGUUGUCCAGAGUCUAGGUUCUUCGCGCCCUUGUGGGGUCCGGAACUUCGGAAACCACGCCGGGGACCCCCUGUUCUGCAUCUGCACAUUUCGAUCCGCCACUGUGGACUCACAGCGGGCGACCAUUAGGCUUCUUAAUUUAUAAUUAUUUUAUGUUAUUUAUGUAAAUAACCAGCUGCUUUCUACACCCUAGCUUCAUAAAUGAGCUUGGGUUAGGGGUGAUUUCUUUUCUAAAACAUCGUCUCCAUUUUCCAGACAGAAGUAGUCCAGGCACAGUGGAAUCAGCAGGCGAUCCCAGGCUGUGAGGUAGUUUUUUAGAAUCAGCGAAGGUUUUUUCUCUUAGCAUCUGCAGAAGCUCCAGGGCAAAUUACCCGGAGAAGAAGCCAGACAGGCCUUGGGCUCGGGCUGAAACCUGGCCAGCGUUUAUCUUUUUUCCUCUUUCCUCUGCAGCAAAGGCCUUUGGGGUGCAGUUUUAUUUUUUUAAAGAAGUCAUUUUUGUCCCUAGAGCAAGGCCAUGUCUGACGUUUUCAAAGAACCUAAUUUAGGAUGUGUGGCCAGAGUGCUGCACAUGCACUUAACACACACACACAAAGGCCUGGCACUCUGGGAAGCUGAGUUCCCCACGGUCCCUGUGGACACGUGGUCUUACUCGGGUUCCCUCUGAGGCGGGCAGGGUCAUCUUGCAGCAGGUGCUAUGGUUUGCAGGUAAGAAACUGGACAGCAGAGAAGAGGUACGACUCGGCCCAUGGUCACCAGCAGUACACAGUUCUGUGCGUCACUGUCCUAAGGAAAGAGGUGCCUGGGCAGAGGGUGGCCGGGCCACUCUUCCCCGCCAACCUGGAUCCCAGGAUUGAUCCAAGGUGAAAGGACUGGUUCCUAAAGAAGGAAUUAGAUCCCGCCACGUGGCCCGGGCGUGUUGUGACGCCACCUUGGUUAUCAUACACUGAUAAAUUGCGAGAUUCCCCUGCAGCCCAGGGACUGGUGGAGCCAUGGUCACAUGCAGGGACAGCUGCAGGCGGGCGCUCCCGGCCCCUGGCGGGCUCUGGCAGGCGAAGUGUUGUCUCAGGGAAAUGCCGCAUGCCAGGCACUCUCCCUGGGACUCCGCCGGGGAGGCAGGUCCCGUGUACCUUCUUGUCUCCCCAGUCCGUGCCCAGAGGCCAAGGUGCCUAGCUUCCGGCUACAGGCAGUGUCUGAUUUCCUGUGGGAUCCUGAACGGUGUCCAAGCUGUACUCCCUGUCACAUCGGUUUGUAUGACAGUAAUAAAAGGUGCUGUGACCUGUGUUUUCA